AUGAACAGAUUCGAAGAAAUCAGCACCAUAUGCGAGUUGCUGAAGAGGCAGGGCUACACCGUUCAGUUUGAGGGCUUUGUUGAGCUGUGCAAGGAGAACAGCCGAUAUUCACCUCAGGGAAGCGUGGUCUCCAUCAAGUGGGUGUCGUCCAUGUUCACUGCCAUGGAGCGCCUUCUUCACCAGUUCGAUGAGAAACAAGCCGAGAUCAAGGGCGGGGUCGUGUUCUUCGAUCGAUCCUUCUUGACGCCCUACGUGUAUACUCGCGGCUCGUUGAACAACCUUUAUCGCUACCAGCAAGGCGACGCACAAGCCAAGGACAUUCGAAAGAACUUGGGCGAACUGGACCACGCCUACAUCCAGAAGGUGCACAACAAGUACGCCGAGCUGGAGCAGGACGGCUGGUUCGACCAUGUGCUCGACACCUCAGCACCCGGGCCGCAGGUUGUCGAGAAUCUCCUUUCCACACUGCGACAGGCGGCCAUCAUCAACAGCCACGACACUCACAUUUCUUCGCACUGA